AUGAGCCAACAGGAAAAUAAAGGGAAAAAAAGAACUAGACCAUGUGCAUCAUGUAGAAAAUCCAAAGUUAAAUGUGUAUAUAAUGAAUUUUUACCGUGUGAAAGAUGUAUAAAAAAUGGGUGGAUAUGCUUAUUUGCUGAGGCUACUAAUGAACAAAAUGAUACUAUUAGUAGUAUUGGUACUAGCAGCAAAAAUGGAAUAAUGGUAAAACCAACUAAUGUUAGUCCGCCUAGCACUAUCAACAAUCACAAAACAAGUAGUCCACCUCAGCUAUUUAUUAAACCUAAACAUUAUAUGGUCUCUAAACCGUCACAUGCCACUGUAGUAGAUGAUAAAAAGAGAGAUACUUUAUGGAAAUCCCAUCUUGAACACAAAGUCAAUAACUUAGAAAAUACACUACACAAUGUUUUGCAGAUAUUAGAAAAAAAUAAAAUACAGCAAGACGAACAACUGAAUUUAUUAAAUCAAUUUUUAACAGGUAAUGCUAAUAAAACUAUUAUUGACUGUCCUGCUCCCACCGUUAAUGCUGAUUUUAGAUUCAAUGGUGUAAUCGAUAAAUCUUGUGCGCAGGAAUUAUUAAACAUUUUUGAAAAAAAAUUUGCAUUCCAGUUGUUUGGAUACGAAAUGAAGAAUUUGUCUGUGGAAUUAUUAUGGAAUGAGUGCCCAAUAUUAUUAAAUGCUAUAUCAGCUGUUGCAUGUACACAUAAUCCUUUAUAUGAAAGUAAAUUUGACAAAUUAUUGGAGUCCUUGCAAUAUUUUGCUUCGCAAUUACUUAAUAGUAAUAAUGCUAAUAAUAUUGCAGAAAUAAACAGUAAUUUAGAAUAUACCGUAUUAGCAUUGAUUAUAUCUGUAUUCUGGCUAGAUAAUUGUCAAAUGUUUAUUGCAAUAGCAAUCCAAUUAAUCAGAAAUCACAAGGUAGAUCAAAAUAUUGUUGCUAACACUAAUAAAGAAAAUAACGCUCAAUUAUGGAGGUUAUGGUAUCUUUUAUAUAUAUUAGAUGGUACACAGGAUUUAACUUCUGGCAAGUCGCCAUCAAUAAUGGCUAAAGAUGAACCGCUUUUAUUAACUGCAAGAAAUGAUUUUAUUAGGAAACUCAAAACCAUUAUAUCACCAAACCAACGUAACAAGAAUAUUAAUAAUAAUUUGUCCAAUUCAAAGACCAACCUGGAAAUUUUAUUUGAAACAAACAUAUCUGGAGAAGAAAAUAUAGCCACUGAAAAACAAUUACUCUUAAUGAAUAACACUGAUGUGCAUAAAAUACAUAUUGCUGAUUCACUUUUACAAGAUAUAAGGUUAUUAACUCAAUUAGAAUAUCAUAUGUCAAUAGAAUCUAUAUUUAAAUCACAUAGAGACAAUGCUUCUAGGAAAUCGAUACUGCUAAUGGAUCCCACCAACUUUGGAAUAAUGUGGAAAACAAACAUGAGUUUAGACAGAUGGAUGUUAUCUUGGACAAUCGCAUUACAAUAUAUUGACGUAGAGACAAAUCCUUGGGCGUUAAAAUCAACCCUACUUUAUUAUAAUUUUGCAAGGCUUUAUAUAAAUGCGAAACCGUUGUUGGACUAUAAUGGCAAUUUACAACAAUUGUUUUCUACUGAUCAAUUAAAUAAAAUAUGGGAUUUUUCUGAAAGACAGAGCACUAAUGAAGAUAAAAACAGGGAAGUUUCUGCAUCGAGAAAAAUAGCAAAUUCUUCAGCAAUUUCAUUAUUGAAAUUAACGGUUAAAGACAAAGAUAUUCAAUCUACCUUCCAAUUUUUACCAAUCCAUAUAUAUGUAAUGCUAUAUUUUGCCAGUUUAGUGGUAUUAUUACCCUUUGAUGACGAUAAUAGUAAUACUAAUACUAGCAACGGUAAUAAGAAUAUCGAAAAAAUAAUUUGUAAUAUGAAAUUAGUGGAAGCUCUAUACAGACUUUUUUGUACAAAAUUGCACUGCGACAAACUCCUUAAAAAAAAAUUAUGUACAAGUGUUAAAGAAUUGAUUGAUGAUGUAAAAAAAAAAUUAAAAGAGAAAUAUGAGGAACGGCUCAUUGAAUUGAAUGAAGAUGAUUUAGAAGAGACCCAUGACAACGAUGGGAGUAGUAAGACUAACAAUAAAAUAAUAUCUGCCUGGCCCGGUAUAAACCACGGUCAUCCAAGUAUAUAA